GGGGCCGAGGAGGGGGCAGGGACUCUUUCCCCGGGCGGAGGGAUCGCGCUCGCUCGCGGUGGGUCGGCGGUGGCGGCAGCGGCGUUGGCGGCGGGCUGCUGCUGCCUGCGAGUUGUUGUUUCCUCCUCCUCCCGGCCGCGGGUUGAAUGGUGGAGCCGAGACUCUUCCUGCUGAACGAACAGUGACAGCUACCGGGCGGGCGGACGCGUUCGCAGGGCCCCGCCGCCGCCGGGGAGCGCGGCCCGAGCGCGGCUCGCCAUGUCCGGGGACGGCGGCAGGCACAGCGCGGAGCUGCGAGCGGAGCUCUACUUCCUCAUCGCCCGCUUUCUGGAGGACGGACCCUGCCAGCAAGCGGCUCAGGUCCUGAUCCGAGAAGUGGCGGAGAAGGAGCUGCUGCCCAAGCGCACGGACUGGACGGGCAAGGAGCAUCCACGGAGCUACGAGAACCUGGUGAAGUAUUAUAGACACUUGGCACCUGAUCACUUGCUGCAAAUAUGCCAUCGACUAGGACCACUUCUAGAGCAGGAAAUUCCUCAGAGUGUCCCUGGAGUGCAAACCUUAUUAGGAGCUGGAAGACAGUCUUUGCUUCGCACAAAUAAAAGUUGCAAACAUGUUGUGUGGAAGGGAUCUGCUCUUGCUGCAUUACAUUGUGGAAGGCCUCCAGAGUCACCAAUAAACUAUGGCAGCCCACCUAGUAUAGCUGACACCCUUUUUUCAAGAAAACUAAAUGGAAAAUACAGACUUGAACAACUUGUUCCAACUGCUGUGUAUCAACAUAUGAAAAUGCACAAACGAAUCCUAGGACACUUAUCUUCUGUAUACUGUGUAACUUUUGAUCGGACUGGCAGACGGAUAUUUACCGGUUCUGAUGAUUGCCUUGUAAAAAUCUGGGCAACAGAUGAUGGAAGGUUGUUGACAACUUUAAGAGGACAUGCAGCUGAAAUAUCUGACAUGGCUGUGAACUAUGAAAACACCAUGAUUGCUGCAGGGAGCUGUGAUAAAAUGAUCAGAGUUUGGUGUCUUCGAACAUGUGCACCCUUAGCAGUUUUGCAGGGUCACAGUGCAUCCAUAACAUCACUACAGUUUUCUCCAUUGUGCAGUGGAUCAAAGAGAUAUCUGUCUUCAACUGGAGCAGAUGGAACAAUAUGUUUUUGGCUGUGGGAUGCUGGCACCCUUAAAAUAAAUCAGAGGCCAACAAAGUUUAUGGAACGUCCUCGCCCUGGAGUUCAAAUGAUCUGUUCUUCUUUUAGUGCUGGUGGAAUGUUUCUAGCCACUGGAAGUACAGAUCACAUCAUUAGGGUGUAUUUCUUUGGAUCAGGUCAGCCAGAGAAGAUAUCAGAGUUGGAGUUUCAUACUGACAAAGUUGACAGCAUUCAGUUUUCUAACACUAGUAACAGGUUUGUGAGUGGAAGCCGGGAUGGGACAGCACGCAUAUGGCAAUUUAAGCGAAGGGAGUGGAAGAGUAUUUUGUUAGAUAUGGCUACUCGUCCAACAGGACAAAGUGUACAAGGAGUAGAAGACAAAAUCACAAAACUGAAAGUAACUAUGGUGGCGUGGGACCGCCAUGACAACUCUGUUAUAACUGCAGUUAAUAACAUGACUCUGAAGGUUUGGAAUUCUUUCACUGGCCAGCUUAUUCAUGUCCUUAUGGGACAUGAGGAUGAAGUGUUUGUACUUGAGCCUCACCCAUUUGAUCCUAGAGUUCUCUUCUCUGCUGGCCAUGAUGGAAAUGUCAUAGUUUGGGAUUUGGCCAGAGGGGUCAAAAUUCGAUCUUACUUCAACAUGAUUGAAGGACAAGGACAUGGGGCAGUUUUUGACUGCAAGUGCUCUCCUGAUGGCCAGCAUUUUGCAUGUACAGACUCUCACGGGCACCUUCUGAUUUUUGGCUUUGGCUCCAGUAGCAAAUAUGAUAAGAUAGCAGAUCAGAUGUUCUUUCACAGUGAUUAUCGACCUCUUAUCCGGGAUGCCAACAACUUUGUCUUAGAUGAACAGACACAGCAGGCUCCACAUCUCAUGCCUCCCCCAUUUUUGGUUGAUGUUGAUGGCAACCCUCAUCCAUCAAGAUACCAGAGAUUAGUUCCAGGUCGUGAGAACUGCAGGGAUGAGCAGCUUAUUCCACAGAUGGGAGUGACUUCCUCAGGACUGAACCAAGUACUGAGUCAACAAGCAAAUCAGGAAGUUAGUCCGUUGGACAGUAUGAUACAGAGACUUCAGCAAGAACAAGAUCAGAGACGUUCUGGGGAGGCAGGCACCAGCAAUACUAGCCGGAUAGGAAGAAGCUCUGUAAGCUCUACCUCAGAAGUACAUUCACCACCAAAUAUAGGAUUAAGGCGCAGUGGACAAAUUGAGGGUGUGCGACAGAUGCAUAGCAAUGCACCACGAAGUGAAAUAGCCACUGAGAGGGACCUCGUGGCUUGGAGUCGAAGGGUUGUGGUACCUGAACUGUCACCAGGGGUAGCCAGUAGACAGGAGGAAUGGAGAACAGCAAAGGGAGAAGAAGAAAUAAAGAUUUAUAGAUCAGAAGAGAAAAGGAAGCACAUUACAAGUCAUGUUCCAAGAGAGAACAAAAUACCUUCUUUCUCUAAGAACCAUUCUCAUGAUCAUAUAGUAGAUCCUGGAGACUCAAGAAAGCAACAGGCAAACCAGCACAAUUACCGUACCAGAUAUGCAUUGGAAGAAACUGCCAGGCCUGCUGAAGAGUUAGAAAAUGGAAACAGUUCUUCAGAUGAAGGAGAAGCAGUUGUUGCCAGUGGUGGAACAUCAGAAGAUGAAGAGAAAGCAUGGCACAGUGAUGGCAGUUCUAGUGAAUAUUCCAGUGAUUACUCGGACUGGACCGCAGAUGCAGGAAUUAAUCUGCAGCCACCAAAGAAAAUUCCUAAACUUAAAACCAAGAAAACAGAGAGCAGUUCAGAGGAUGAAGAGGGGAUUGAAAAACAGAAACAGAAGCAAAUUAAAAAGGAAAGGAAAAAAGGGAAUGAAGAUAAAGAUGGACCGACAACAUCACCAAAGAAAAGGAAACCCAAAGAGAGAAAAAAAAAGAGGUUGGCUGUAGGAGUUUUGGCAGAAAAUGGCUUGACGUUGGAAGAAUGGCUGCCUUCAGCAUGGAUUACAGAUACUAUUCCUCGUCGGUGUCCGUUUGUGCCACAAAUGGGUGAUGAGGUUUACUAUUUCCGACAAGGUCAUGAAGCAUAUGUUGUAAUGGCUAAAAAGAAUAAAAUAUAUAGCAUUAAUCCAAAAAAACAGCCGUGGCAUAAAAUGGAGCUACGGGAACAAGAGCUGAUGAAAAUAGUUGGGAUUAAAUAUGAAGUGGGAUUGCCUACUCUCUGCUGUCUCAAACUUGCUUUUCUUGACCCAGAUACUGGUAAACUGACUGGAGGAUCAUUCACCAUGAAGUACCAUGAUAUGCCAGAUGUUAUAGAUUUCCUAGUCUUGCGGCAGCAGUUUGAUGAUGCAAAACACAGACGAUGGAAUAUAGGUGAUCGUUUCAGGUCAGUAAUAGAUGAUGCUUGGUGGUUUGGAACAAUUGAAAGCCAGGAACCUCUACAGCCUGAAUAUCCUGACAGUUUAUUUCAGUGCUACAAUGUCUGCUGGGACAAUGGUGACACUGAGAAGAUGAGUCCUUGGGAUAUGGAGCUCAUACCAAAUAAUGCUGUGUUUCCUGAAGAGCUGGGAACUAGUGUUCCUUUAACUGAUGUUGAAUGCCGAACAUUGAUCUACAAACCUCUGGAUGGAGAAUGGGGUUCCAGAACCCGGGAUGAGGAAUGUGACAGAAUUAUUGCAGGGAUAAACCAGCUCAUGACUCUAGAUAUUGCUUCUGCAUUUGUGGCACCUGUGGAUCUCCAAGCUUAUCCAAUGUAUUGCACUGUUGUGGCAUAUCCCACAGAUCUCAGUACCAUUAAACAAAGACUGGAAAGCAGAUUUUACAGGCGGCUUUCUUCACUUAUGUGGGAAGUUCGGUACAUAGAACAUAAUACACGCACGUUCAAUGAACCAGGAAGCCCUAUUGUUAAAUCUGCCAAAUUCGUUACAGAUCUUCUGCUACACUUCAUAAAAGACCAAGCUUCCUAUGAUAUAAUUCCAUUAUAUAAUACAAUGAAGAAGAAAGUCUUGUCUGACUCUGAUGAGGAAGAAGAGAAAGAUACAAACGUGCCAGGGACGUCCACUAGAAAAAGGAAGGAUCAUCAACCCAAGCGGAGGCUGCGCAACAGAGCACAGUCAUAUGACGUUCAGGCAUGGAAAAGACAAUGCCAGGAGUUGUUAAAUCUUAUUUUUCAGUGUGAGGACUCUGAACCUUUUCGCCAACCAGUGGAUCUCCUUGAAUAUCCAGAUUACAGAGAUAUUAUUGACACACCGAUGGAUUUUGCUACAGUUAGAGAAACUCUGGAAGCUGGCAAUUAUGAGUCUCCAAUGGAAUUAUGUAAAGAUGUGAGACUUAUUUUCAGCAACUCUAAAGCUUACACACCAAGCAAAAGAUCAAGGAUUUACAGCAUGAGUUUGCGCCUUUCUGCUUUCUUUGAGGAACAUAUAAGUUCUGUUUUAUCAGAUUAUAAAUCUGCUCUGCGCUUUCAUAAAAGAAACACAAUGAAGAAACGAAGGAGGAAAAGAAGAAGAAGCAGUUCUGUUUCCAGUAGUGCUGCAUCAAGCCCUGAAAGGAAGAGAAGGUUAAUAAAACCUCAGUUGAAGGCAGAAACCUCUGCCGCCUCAUCAUCAUCAGUUCCUGUACGUUCAACAGCACUGAGACACAUUGCUGCUCAGAUGAAUGGAAAAGCAGCUGAAUCUUCCUCUUUGGUGCGGACUAGAAGUAAUAGGGGGAUAACAGAUACAGCUGUUACAGAGCAACCAUCCACUUCUUCAGGAGGAAAACCUUUAAUUUCAAAACCUAAUACUACUACCGUGUCAGGGAAAACAAUACUGGAGAAUUCCACCAAACAUUCCAAGAACCAGAAUAUUCUAUCAAUUCCUAGCCAAUCCAGUUACAGCCACAACACUAGGAAUAACUCUUCAAGAGAAAAUGUGGAGAAAGAUAAACAAAUCAAGCGUAAAAUGAAAUCAUCCACUAUUAAUCAGCAAGCAGAUUGCAAAAAUAAUGCUUUGGCAUCAGGAAGCAUUCAGGUAAAUGGACAUGGAGGGCAACCUUCAAAACCUCCAGUUAAAAGAGGGCCUGCACGGAAACCGAAGAUAGAGGCUAUUAGCAGUACAUGUGAAGUGGUGCACAAGAAAAGAGGUAGAAAACCAAAAAAGUUACAAAUUGCUGAACAGAUGAAUGCAGAGCAGAAUUCAGUCCAGACCACCAGGGACAUGGUAAUAGAAGAACCCUCAGUUUCUAGUGCAUGCAAUUCUCUUUCUGAAAAUAAUGUGAAGGAAGCUGUAUUACAAAAAAAAGGCCGUGGAGGUAGAAAGCCAAAAAGAAAGACACAGACACGUCAACCAGACUCAGACCUUAUAGUCCCUGCAAAUGUUAAGAUGCAGACAAGAAGCAGGAGGAAAAAAACGGAUGAGCCUGUAGAAGAAGAAGGGUCUGAGGAACUGAAAGAUUCUGAACCUCACAUGAGAACUAGAAACCAGGGUAGGAGGACAGCCUUUUACAAUGAAGAUGACUCUGAAGAAGAGCAAAGGCAGCUAUUAUUUGAAGACACCUCUUUAACUUUUGGAACGUCUAGCAGAGGCAGAGUCCGAAAGUUGACUGAAAAAGCAAAGGCUAAUUUGAUUGGUUGGUAACUGUUACCAAACAUAUUCCUUAGAAUGCUAUGAAGCAGGUACAGUUAAGGAGUGAGCAGAACAAAGACUUCUGCUUCCCUGCUGCUAUUAUGGAUUAGAAGAAUAUGUUGUGAUUUGAAAAAAUUAGCAAAAAAGAAAACUGAGAGAACACUUCUUUGAAACAAAUAUAUAUUUUAAACUUUUGCUAUUUAUU